UUAGACUUUCUCCGACAGGGACCGGCAACCAAUCUUACCAAAGGUAUACGCCAAACUGACGUCAGAGCAUCAGGAAUUUUUGACGUGUGAACGCCCCCACCAUCACCACCAUCAACAUCACGACCACAGACAAGCACUGACACCAGCCCAUCCUCUCAGCAGUAUUUCCUCUGCCACAACAAGCAGUUCUAUUCAUCCCAGACAGCGAGUUUGGAAAUACGCUGAAUUUGAUUUCAAAGAAGCUUUUUUAAUUUUUUUUAUUCUGUUUAUCUGGUUGUUAUAAAUACGCGACGUUUACCUUUGGCAGUUUUUUUUGCGCCGCCGAUUUUUGGAGAUUACACUUUUCUUUUCUUAUCUGUUUGAUUUUCCUUUGAUAUGGAAAUGAGAUGUGGUCCAGCGGUGAUGUGCUGUGUGUUCACCGUCCUCUGCUCCUUGCUGUCCGGCUCUCAGGCGUUGUCUUACGCGGACAGGCAGUACCUAAACGAGUGGGCUGUGGAGAUCCCCGGCGGGCUGUCCGCCGCCGAGGCCAUCGCCAAGGAGCUGGACUACCAGCUGGUCCGACAGAUUGGGGCCCUGGAAAACCAUUUCUUGUUCAGAAAUCACAAUCACCCCCGCAGAAUGAGACGCAGUGCCGGGCACAUGACCAGGCAGCUCUCAGAGGAUGAUCGGGUGUUGUGGGCAGAGCAGCAGUAUGAGAAGCGGCGAAACAAGCGAGCCGCCCUAAGGGAGUGCAGGGACUGCUCAGUGGAGAAGCUUUUUGAUGAUCCAAUGUGGAACCAGCAGUGGUACCUGCAAGACACCCGGACGUCGUCCUCGCUGCCAAAGCUGGACCUCCAUGUAAUCCCUGUGUGGCAAAAGGGCAUCACUGGGAAGGGAGUGGUGAUCACCGUCCUAGAUGACGGACUGGAGUGGAACCACACAGACAUCUAUGCUAACUACGACCCAGCAGCCAGCUACGAUUUCAACGACAAUGACCCGGAUCCUUUCCCCAGAUACGACUCCACCAAUGAAAAUAAGCAUGGCACUCGAUGUGCAGGUGAGAUUGCAAUGCAGGCCGACAACAAUAAAUGUGGCGUUGGAGUGGCAUACAACUCCAAGGUUGGAGGCAUUCGUAUGCUGGAUGGAAUAGUGACCGAUGCAAUUGAGGCAAGCUCCAUUGGAUUCAAUCCUAACCACGUGGACAUCUACAGUGCCAGCUGGGGGCCCAAUGAUGAUGGCAAGACUGUAGAGGGUCCUGGCCGCCUGGCUCAGAAAGCAUUUGAAUAUGGCAUUCAGAAGGGUCGAGGUGGAAAAGGCUCUAUCUUUGUCUGGGCAUCAGGUAAUGGAGGGCGGCAGGGUGAUAACUGUGACUGUGACGGAUACACAGACAGCAUCUAUACAAUCUCAAUCAGCAGCGCCUCACAGCAGGGCCUGUCUCCAUGGUACGCAGAGAAGUGCUCUUCCACCCUAGCUACAGCAUACAGCAGUGGAGACUACACAGAUCAGAGAAUUACAAGCGCUGAUCUUCACAACGAGUGCACUCAGACUCACACUGGGACUUCAGCUUCUGCCCCACUGGCUGCUGGGAUAUUUGCCCUUGCAUUGGAACAAAAUCCGGAUCUUACCUGGAGAGACCUGCAGCACAUUGUGGUAUGGACCUCAGAAUUUGAUCCUCUGGCCAAUAACCCAGGGUGGAAGCGGAAUGGUGCUGGGCUGAUGGUUAACAGCCGCUUUGGAUUUGGACUUCUCAAUGCCAAAUCACUUGUAGAGCUUGCUGACCCAACUGUAUGGAAGCAUGUGCCAGAAAAGAAGCAGUGCAUCAUUCGAGAUGACUCAUUUCAACCAAGAGACCUAAAGGCAGCAGGAGAGAUCACUAUAGAGAUUCCAACUAAAGCCUGUGCGGGCCAGGAAAAUGCUAUCCAUUCUCUAGAGCAUGUGCAAGUGGAGGCAAGCAUUGAAUAUACCCGGAGAGGAGACCUGCACAUCACACUCACCUCCCCAGCUGGUACAACAACUGUACUGCUGGCAGAAAGAGAAAGAGACACAUCAUCAAAUGGCUUCAGAAACUGGGACUUUAUGUCUGUUCAUACAUGGGGAGAAGACCCUGCGGGUACUUGGACCUUAAAGAUCACAGAUACUUCAGGACGGAUGGAAAACAAGGGAAGGAUCUUGAAUUGGAAGCUGAUACUCCACGGAACAUCAGAAAAGCCGGAACACAUGAAGAAACCCCGAGUCUACAUUCCUUACAAUGCUGUUCAGAACGACCGCCGGGGUGUGGAGCAUAUGGAUGACAUGAUGGCGGAGCCCACACAGCCCCUCCCUCCUCAGAAGACUGAGCCUGCAGAAGCAUCUCCUUCACGCUCAGAGAAAGAGCCCAAAACCUCUUCAAGCAGCUCUCCUUACUCUCCUUCCUUGGCCCUGUUGCGACUCCUUCAGACGGCCUUUAAUCGACAGGCAUCUCAGCUUCCCCAGGCCGCAGCAAGGCCUCUCUCUGCUUGGAGGAAGCAGCAGCAGAGCCAGGGUUUCCUUCCUCCUCCAACAAAACUCCCAGCUCAGAAGCUGUAUCAGGCUCUGGACUUGAUCAACAAGUUUAAGGGCCCAGAGGACAACCUCUACAGUGACUACAGUGACGGCUUCUACAACAGCAAACCAUACAAGCACAGAGACGACCGGCUGCUGCAGGCCCUGUUUGAAAUGUUGGAUGAUGAGUAGAAGCAGGAGGCAUAGGUGCAGGGGGCAGGAGAGGUUACUCCGCCAUUGGAUUGGGAGCAGAGGAACAAGCAAGGAGAUAAAAGAAAGCAAAUAGAUAUCAAACCUCUGGAGGCUAAGUGGAAAUGAAAUUUACCCAAAAAUGCUGCAUUUCUGAUUUUAUUUUCUAACCCAUAAAUGUUCAAUGACCUGUUCUUUUACUCAAUUCUUGGAGAAGUAAACUUUCCUAAUGUUAUUUCAAAUAUUGACAUGUUUAGAGCUCAUGUGUUGUAAAAUGUAUC